AGUCAUUGGAAAUUACUGUUGUAGAGUUAGUUUCAUUUCCUGCUUUGCUUUCAGCACCAAGUGGCUUUGCAGCUGCAGAGCCCAUUUUAAACUGUGUUUCCUGUUUAUCUCUCACUUAAUUUAACCCUGAAUGUAAAAUGCUGCUGCUUUUUAGCUGUAUGAUUAUUGCAGGUAAGGUGAUGAUGUUAUAUAUUAUUUCAUAUUUAACAAUUGAAGUUUUUUCUGUGUAAAAUUUUAUUUAGCAUUAAGCUUUCAUGGUAAAUACAAUUUAGUGAAGUCUUAUUUGCCAGUUAAAAUACUUGUAUAUUUGUAUUGACUUUGUUGGUUUGUAAUGUGUGUUUCUCUCUUUGGUGUUGUAAUGUAGCAAUCUGGCCCUUGCAGUCCUAGUCUUUCUCAUGCAUGAUGUUUAAACAAAUGUGUGUUAGUAUAUGCCUGAUUACAGAAUUUGAUAGAAUGCAAAACAAUUGUUACCUUUCUAAAGUUUGUGGUUUAGGAACAAGACAGCUAAGUUAAGAAACAACUACAUUUUUACUAUUGCUUUGUUCGAAGUGCAGCUACCGUUAUUCAUUUGCUGAAAAAAAGGAUGGAUUAAAAAGAAGAAAAGCUAGGGAAGGGAUUGAAUUCUGCAUCUUUGCUCAAAAGGAGAAAGUUGGCAUAGUAUAUCUGCUACAUGUCCCCUUCUCUAAGGUAAUAUUAGAUGAUGUGUUUGAGUCACCUUCUAUUAACUAUAUCUAAUUGUUCACUUCAGGUAUCAAAGCAGAGGAUCCACUUUAUGGACUGAAGAGCAGCUUAUUGUGUCUACAAGUUAAAAUAUCAUCACCAUUCAAAGACUUUCACUGGAUGGUUAAUGAUACAGCCAUAGUUUCUGGAAAUGACACCAAUCCAGUCUAUGAAGAAAAAGUGGAUUAUAAUCCCAGAACUCGUAGCUUGUGUAUCAAGAAACUCACAGAAUGGGACAGCGGUGUUUACAAAGUUUCAGUUGUUUAUCCAAAUUUCAAAACGUGGAAUGAGAAAUACAGAGUUAUAGUUCAAGGUAAGUCCAAUAUACUGUCCUUCUUUAUUUUGAUUUUGAUUAUUAUUUGAAGAAGUACUUAUCAUCUCGGCUUGAAAUACUCUUUUUUUAAAACUCUUUUUCAUCUCUGGCCAAGUUAAUCUUGCUGAUGUUGUUUUACCCCAUGUAAAAAUUGAAUUGUUCAGCUCUGCCACUUCCAUAUAAAUUGUGCAUUGAUGUAUAGUGCAGUAAUGCCCACAUGUUGUUACUGUGUUAUGCAGUUGUCUUUGACAGGUGAACUGUCCGAGGUUUGUAUGGAUACAAUUGGUAGAUGAUUCCAAUAAGUGCCACUAGAGGGUGCCAGCAACUUACUUAUAACUGAAAUGUAUCUGCAUAUGUUGAUGUUGCAGCACCUGUUCCUGAACCAGUUAUCAGGGUGUCACUGAUGGGCUCAAAUCUGUCUGCUGGAUUCUGUAACAUGUCAGUCAACUGCUCUGUCCUGGGUGACUGGUUGUUGGCCUCCUGUGAUGAAAACAGCUGCAGAACAUCUCAGAGGUCAUUCAGCAAAGUCAACAUCACAAUCUUAGCUCAGAACAGAUAUGUCAUCUGCAGAGGACACAACCAUGUCAGCUCACGCAACGCCUCAAAAAGCAUUGCAGAAACAUGUAAAUAUGCUGUACCACUUACUCAGUGACACCACUGAGGUUCACAUUUCAGAAUAUUUACACUCCACUACUAGUUAUGUCAGUAUCUGAGAUGUUUUUUAUGUCUUUUCAGGUAAUGGCUUUUUGGAUACUGAACAUCAAGAGACACCACAGCCAGCCAACAUAAUAUUGUUAGUAGCAGUUGCUGUAGGGGUUUUUGUUUUCUUUGCUGUUGUUGCUGUUCUUGUCUGUUUGACAAAGCAAAGGUAUUCAGCAAAGUACGAUCCCAGUCAGGUAAGCCGCAUUUACUAUGCCAUAUUCAAAUUGACCUUUUGGGUCUAACUUUCUAUGCAAAAUGAAAAUUUUAAUGACAUGAUGAUGGGCCCUUUAUCAAAACAAGUGAAACUAACAGGCUGCUUGCACAGUUGGUGCAUGCACACUGCAAAAGUCUUUAAAUGGUUGCAAUGAAAUACUUCUUAAUGUGAAACCAAAGUAUCUUAGGUGUUGUUUAUUUUAUACUUGAUUGUUGUUUCACAUACAUGUAAGUUAAUAUAAAGCCUGUCAAUUCACCCCAGCGACAACCACAGAGCAGAGGUUUGUCCUCCUCUUCCUCUCAACCUGAGGCCCCUUAUGAAAACAUGGAUGUCACACAGCCCAGCCAGACUACUGGUCCUACAAGCUCACAGGUGGGGUCAGGAUCAAACCAAAGCCAGCCAGUGGAUACUGUCUACAGCGUUUUACAGCUGCCACAUUUGAAUAACUCUCAUGGGAAACAUGACACAAAUGGACAUGAAACGGCACAAGCAUCAACUUCAGAGUCUGGGGAGGCAGAGCACCACAAACAGGUUGACACAGUGUACAGCGUGUUGCAGAAGCCAAAGAAAUAAACAUGGACCUGUUUGCUCGGUCUGUUGGAGAGCCCUGUCUGAGAGUGGAACUGAUGGUCAUGGACACUCAAACACAAUUCACAAUUUACAACUGACUUAUCUUUUACUUUACUUUUGAAAUUCUACAUAUCAGUUGGUUAUCUUCAGGGUCUGACAUUAAUUUUUUGACUGGCCAAGACUGUAGGUAGAUCCUCCAGUAGAGUAUAUUUCUUUGAGAUGCUUAAGUAUCAAUUUGAAUAAAAACUUUGAAAAAGUACUCAGAGCAACAUUUGUGAACUGAUCAUUAGUCAACUAUUCUAAACAUGCCUCACCAGCUUUGGCUGUAUUUUUUACAGGUGCAUAAAGUUAGAGAACUGUAAUUUCAGCAGGAAUUGGCAAAACUUCCCAUCACUGCACAUUUGUAAUGCAUUCAUUUACCAUUGAGUGAGUACAAAAUGCACAUUUAAAGAGGCAACUUCUUCCAAAAAGACACUUAGGCAGAAAAUAGGACAGAAAUGUAGGUGAUCUUCAUAAAAUGAUGCAGAAAAAGUGUAGCAAAUUUCACCAGAAUGCAGGAAAUAGUGGUCUAUGUUCAUUUCCUGUCUUGUAGUUUCUGCUAACCACCUUUCAUUCCAGGCGAACAUACUCUGUGCUCAUGUUGUCGAAUAUUCCUGUGCAGUGUUUAUCUCUUUGUGUAUACAGAAGGAAGAAAGAUGAGGACUUUGAUUUAUUGCUCACCUGGCGUGGUUGGCCAGUUGUAAGUUUGAUAUAAUUCUUCAGAAUGAACUUUAUCAAGCAGCAGAUAAUGGAAAUAAUUUUGGGGAUCAGGGGAAUUAUGGUUUUUGGGAACUUGCACAAAGGAAUUUUUCUGGUUCCAAAAUUAAAAAAACAGCUUCCACAGUCCAUCCAGGGUUUGAUGGAAGAAAGUCCCAAGUGCUUUUUCUGUUCUUAAAUUAAAAUACAUAGGAAGUUCUGUCAAGUUCAGAUCUUAGAUUGGUUACUUUAGUCAUUUAGCAUCAAAUGUCAUGUUGUCUACACUGUUGCUAAUGUUGAUUAUUCAUUGUAUAAAUCAUUGCACCAUAGGAAACUUUAUGUUGCUACCUAAAUAAGUGAUCUUUUUGGUGAGUAUCUAAGGAUAUCUCAGGCCUGCCUUCCUAGAAAAGCCUUCUCACAGCUUUUCUUAAGUUUCAGAAGUCAUUUCUGGCAUUGCUGUCUGCACACUUGUAGAACUGGACUCAUUCAACAAGGUAACAUUGCUUACGGCAUAAAUGAGAUACUAUUAAUUUACUUAUUGAUCCCAACCUCUUUGAUUGGGGGGCUUGUAAUGACAGUAUGUUCUUUGUCAUAGGAGUCUUACUCUAUAGUGCUUCAGCUACCUUCACACUUCCAUUUAUUAUUGUUGCAGUGACUGUGUUUAAUGUUUCUGUUUGUGAUUCUGUUCAUGCAUUGAGUAACAUUUGGCAAAUAUACCACAAAAAACUGUC